GCUCACUUUUCCCGCGUCAACGAUAUCACCAUCCACAACUACCAUGAUCAGGGCGAGUAGGUAUUGCGGGAUUACACCACAUCGAUAGCCCUAGGCGCGAACGGUAAACGUAAGCGAUAGUCGUAGAGCUAGAAACAGAGAGGAGAUAGACUGUCGCUAACACUUUUGGACAUUAUUAAUUAUUUGCACUUAAUUUUAAACAAUACGUAAGUAGUUCUUCGGGGGUGUGCUGCCAAUGCGACGAGGAGCCUUCUUUGAUUUUGUCGUGGUAGAACUUCGGCCGACCACUUCGCUACUGACUUCAUUACUUUGUCACAGCCCAGCGCUAACUUUGGAAAGACACUAGAGAAUAAGGUAGUUAGCUACAACAUUAUGAUACCUCCCAAUUUUCGUUGCCGGCACCGCGUACUGCCUGAAGCCUAGCAAAUGCUCUAAAAGCAAAAUAACAAACCGCAUCGCUUCAUCUGUCAAGUACUUUAAACGCCGUUUUUCCAUGUACGAUAUCUGUGAAAACCGACAAUCACAACACUAUAUUGCUGGCAAUCGAUGCCUUGAUUCAGUUUCAGACAUUAAUAAUCUUCAAUUAUCUUGCCACCUCUUGCUAAAAAUGUUGACAAUAACUACUUCGCUCUGACUCUGUUUUUGUGGUAUAUCCGCUUUUAUCAUUUUCGGCUGUCGCAACGACCAACUACAUGCAACCACGAAGAGAAUGCCGAUACGUGCUUCCUUGGGCAAAAUAAUUUAUAUAAUUUGUACCAUUUUCACCUAUAAGUAUGUAUAACCCUUGGCCUCACUUUACCUAUACUAUAUCCAUCGCAUUCGCAAUAACGCCAUUUCGGAAUCAUUGUCACAAUGGGCCCGUAUGAGCGCAUCGGCAUCGCCGUCUUUGCCGGAAGUAGUUUUCUUCCGCUAGUGGCAGACGCUCUCCUUUUUGGAUCUGGGAUUCAUCGAGGUCGGCCCUCGAACCAAGGAACAGAGUAUGUUGAUGCGAGCUCUGCCGCAACGAGAGCAUCGGCUCCCAUCCAUUUCCCUGCACACCAGCCCGACACUGAGGAAAAAUCUCUAGAUUUCGCUCAAUUGAAGCACGUUUGGCAGCACGGUUUGCCAUUGGAUCCGCUUGCUGUGGUGCGCUUUUUGGAGCAGACCUUCACCAAGGCUCCGUGCAGGUGCACGAAAGAACAGCAAAAAUCCGCCGCAGGGUCGCCAGGCGUUGACGGGACAAAAGUUCAGAAUCAUGACCAAGUGCAAGUUGAGAAAGAAGUAUGGUCGACCUCGUGUUGCGAGAAGAAAGACGAAAUCAAGCUCCUGGAGCUUAGCUGCCGGAGAGCAGAUGAGAAACCGAUGCAGAGGCUCGCCCUCAUGACUCCCGGCGAUCUAUCCCGCGUGGACACCGCGCUUUUCGGUUUUGACUGGGAAAAACGAGUGCCGAGUGAGACAGUUUACAGGCACGACUGCGAUGGGCCCUGUUCCUGUUGCGCUCGCCAGGGUGGGGCGUCAUCUUCCAGGCUCGGCCAUUCCUUCUGCUCCGUGAUCAGCAAAGAAACCUGCUCCUCGCCCCCCCAUUGCAUCGCAGAAGCUCCCGAUGACGAAGACGACGAGCAGGAUGUCGUCCCAACACGUCGGACUCGGCUAAUCAGUGAGGGCGAGCUAUCUGAUAUUCUGCGGGGACCUAAUCGUCCACAGUCAGAAGCAGACCCCAUGGAAAUUCAAAUCUAUGCAAGAGACGAAGAAGAUGAAGAUGUGUCCGAUGGCGAUGAUCAUGACCUUUCUGACCACCCAGCACCAGCGAUGACAUGCAAGCUGUGGCGGGCGACCGGUCCGGCCGAAUCUCGUAUAUCUCCAUGGGCGUCGCCGAGCAGCCCAGCCUCUCUGCGCCCGGGCUCGACCGCAGCUGGUGGUGUCGGAGGCGGGCUUCCACGCACUUCACGCACUACCUCGUCAACACCGCGGGCAAGCCCACCCCCGGUGGAGCCGAUCCACGAAGAUACCCUGGUGGUGCAGAACGCGGGCGAGACUCUGGAAAUGAUCCCACAGGGUUCGUCCCGCGCAACCGCGGCGACCUCGUUGUAUGACAGUAGUGCCCCGCCGCGCAUCAAAGGCGUGCUCUCUCACCCGGAAUUUUCGCGGGAGGUGCAGCUCAUGGAGUCUGCCGUCGUUGACAAUCGCGAAAUUAUCUCCAGUCUAAAAAGGGAAAAUCUGUUGCCGAACUUGCGUGACGAGAUCAAUCUGGUAUACAUGAACGACGGGCUCUGCAUCUGCAAAGUUGUCGACGGUGACGCUCAGAGCUGCGGGGGAAUUCCGUUUUGUCGCCAUAAGCACGACAAGCAGAGGCAGGCCGCCUGCCUGGAAGCGACGCAGCACUUUUUUGAAGAGGUGCGAUCUCAUGAUUAUUGAUCUUUGACGAUAGAUGUUUUUUUAUUUUUUCCAAUGAAAUAGUGUUCGAGAAAGAUUUUUGUGCUGUUUGCGAGAGUACUAAAAGGAGUUGCUGGUGCUCCAACGGUGCUACUACUACUACAAAAAGGAGUUGCAUCAUUAACUACUACUACAGGUUCUGCUUUUACUUGCGCCCGGAAAUGGCAUGGCAGUGUUCACGUCUGGCACCAAGGUCUACCGCAACCCGCACGACCCCGGUCAAGUUAUGGACACGCAAGGCGCAGACAAGCUCUUUCACGAGCAAAUCAGUGGCGCGCUCGCGGAACUUGAAAAGCGGGGUCUGCUGAAAGUGGAGGUGCACGAACGCAAGACCCGCAGCGCGGCUUCCCUGCUUCGGGGUCGGGCGCAAGAAUCAUGGGUCCAGCGGAACUCGUGGCCGAAAAAAACCGCAACCGGUGGAUUUCUAAACCCGACGGCAAUGGUAUCUCCGGGCUCCUCGCCGGCGCUCUCACCGUUCACAUCUCCACCUCCAAUGUGGUCCUCGUCCCGGCGGCGCCAGCGGCGGCCAAGUUCCGAUAGCGCCUCCAGCCUCGGGCUCUCAUCCCCUGUUGUUUCCCAUGCUGCGUUCGAUGUUGAGCGCUACCACUCGGAUGAGGAGAUGAUAUUAUCUUCCCCUUUUCCGGUACGCGCGCUCCAGUGUGGGCAAACUUUUGGGGAAGAAGACAUAGAACCGUUUGCGCUCCCCGGGCCCGUCGCAUCGCUCUCGUCCCCGGUGUUGGAGGGUGCCAGAAUUCCUGGGUCUGGUACAACAGCUCGUAACUCACCGCGUAAACGAAAUUCCACGGCUUGCACUACGUCAACACCAACAUCGUCAGGAGCUCUAGUAUCAGUCGGCGCACCACGGUCCUGCGGAGGCGGCAGUUCUUGGUGUGGAGGCUAUAGUCAGGCAGCAUUCCCUUUCCCCGGGGCCUUUCGUCGAGAAUCAUCGGCGGCGUCCACCGCGUACAGUAGCACUAAUUCCAUGUUUGACGUGAUGGCAGCAGCCACCUCUUCGCCCGGCGAUGACGACGACCAGCAUCCGGGCGGGUACAUUCUUGUCGAAACUAGUCUCUUUGUAAUUUCGCGGCCCGCGGAGACGGAAAAAACCAAAGCCGAGUGGGAAAGCUUACGGGAACGACACGGACUGUGAUAAGGAUAUUACAGAUAUUUGUUUCAUGUGGUACCGUAUCACACGACUCACAUCACCGCCACGGUGCUGCCAAGAGCGCACUGCUGCACCUUUUCGCAACUGCGAGACUUCGUUCGAGUGCAUUUUGUUUUUCAGAACCAUAGAACUACGAGAGGUCAGAGUACUUAUCUAUGUUUCUCGGUCGGGGGGAGACCGAACUGUUAGUUUUACUUUUACUUUUGUUUACUAUAAUUUGUUUACAUGUUGAUGAGGCAUGUCAACGAGACAAAGUUCGACUAUUGAGCAUUUUGUCAAGACUGCUGACGCUGGAACGCAGAGAUACCUCGUCAGUAGCUGUGUUGCGGUGCUCUAGUUCUUUUCUGGUGGACUUGGGUACGUUGAUAAAUGAAAUUUUGAAAAAAAGGCUGCACGUUCGACUUCCUCAGAGUGGUUCUUACUCUCAGUUAGCUAGCCGAGCCCGACCCUGCUUGCGUGUGAAAGGGUCGAGAACAAGAAAUUUUCAAAAAAUGAACGACCAAGUAUGCUGCUGUUGGUACAUCAAGAGCAACAUCAAGAAGGUACAACGAAUGGUGCAGUAUCACUAACGCACACAAACGCAUGCAACAGUCACUAACUUUAAG